AUGGCCCGUCACACAGCAAAAGAUCUGAAACUUCCAUUUAGGGUGACCGACGCUUAUGCCCAUCAGCAUGUCAUGAGUUCGAGCUACCUCUCACUAAAGAACCUUGCGGACAGUUUGGAAGUUUAUAUCGAAACCUUCAAGGACCAUGACAAUCGAGAAGUACUUGGUUACAAGUUAUGUGGUCAAGACUUUGUCCAUGACUUGUUGGGUGUUCUCGAUUUGUUGUGGCCCUUGGUGGUCCUUAUGCUGCAGUCAUAGGCUCAAUGGUAUGCUGGCUGGAAGUUGUGCUCCCAUAUUCCUUUGGCUAUAGAACAGAUCAUCGUCGAAGUAUCCAAGGAAGAUCCUGCUGCCUAUUUUUGUCCCAGAUUGAACCAGAGAGUCGACGAAAUUAGAGAAAUGUGCUAUGGUCAAAGUGAUCUAGAGACUGGAUGGUUUGUCAUUGGUGGUGGCAACAAUGGAGUUCCAAUGACCAAUUCCAAUGACCAUUUCUCAAUUGAACUUGACCACAUAUAG